AUGUCGGUAAUAGAGCAACGGGUGAGACAAUUAAAGAAAAGAUUUGUCAAAGAUCCGCAUUACCAUGAAGACUACAAUAUGUUUAUGGAGGCUGUCAUUACCAAAGGGUGUGCUGAAAUGGUGCCAGACGAAGAACUGGUAGGUGAAGUGGAUAGCCGGGUCAAAGGUCAAAGUCUGGGCAAGCUGCAGUUUGGACCAAGACACGAAACGCCUAGAAGCCUCUGUCGUGACUGGAAUAUAACUGUACUCUUCGAGGUUGCUUUUCAACAAGCACACCCAGUUCUUUUCGACAGCGACAGAGCGUUUCGUGAUACCAUUGAUUUGGCAUCACCAUACCUCAGAAAUUGUCGAUUUCCACGUCACAUGAUCGAGUACCUGCGGUUGACCAAUAAGCUGCCGCGAGAAUGUAGCCUGGGUGCGCAGGUAUCGUCUGCUCUCCAGUUGGACCGCCUGCGUCCCGUGAGUGAACAGUUCAUUUCGCGAUUUAGAGUGAAUUCCACAAGACAGUCGUUUGAAAUCAUCGACAUAUGCGUUGGUGUGUUGUUAUCUCUAGUUGAUAGUUGUAUACACAGGUUUGGAGAACACAGCGUAUUAUAUGAAGGAGGUGAAAAAGCUGUUUGAAACGUACACGGAACCGUGACUAGCAUAUUUCGCUGUGUAUAUCCAAGGACAAAAAAUUACGACUCUUCUAUUUUUGCAUUCUUGCCCGCUAGAGUAUUUUCCGCUACACUUCAAACAAACGACGAAGACUAUAUUUUAGAGAUAUAAUUUGCGUGUUCAUGAGUCAUCGUGAGAAAAUAGCAAAUCAGCGAUUGGCUUAGACCAAGGGCACACAGUGUCUGCUUCUACGAGUAAAUUGAUUGGUUCCCUAUAUUAAAAGAAAGACAUUCUGAUUGAUACAUUCACAAUCUUCUAAAUACUGCAGUUUUACCACAUCUUUUUUGUGGUAACACGUGUUUCAUGACGACAAAAUAUCUGAAUUUAC